UGGCCACCCAAGUGCUCGGCUUACAGGAAUCCCUGCCCAGCACCCAGCACCCUGCACCCUGCCUUGGAGCACACGAAUGGUGUUAGGUGCCAAGCAGCCUUCUUUCUCCCCACCAAUUUUUUCCUAAUAGCAAGAGAAACGUUUACAGUUCUUCUGCCUGUUUACCCCGUAUUUGAAACCUGUUCUGUCUUCCAGGUUGUUAAUGGAGAAGAGGUCGAAUGACAGCCGGGACCGUGGUCAUCACAGGUGGAAUAUUAGCGACUGUCAUUUUGCUUUGCAUUAUAGCAGUUCUCUGCUAUUGUAGGCUUCAGUAUUACUGCUGCAAGAAGGAGGACUCCGAAGAGGAUGAGGAGGAGCCGGAUUUUGCCGUGCAUUCCCACAUCCCUCCGCUCCACAGCAACCGCAAUGUCGCGCUGACCAACGGGCCUUCGCUCUACUCCUCCUCCUCCUCCUCCUCGCCCUUCAGCAAGCAGCUCUCCCAGGGCACGACUGUCUGCCCCGGUUGCUCCCACUAUGAGCCCCCCACCUUCUUUCUGCAGCCGCCGGAAGAGCUCCACAACGGGGGCGACCGCAUCAGCUACAAGGCCAUCAGCCAGGAAGAUAUUGAACUGCCGGUGACUGUGACCGGCCUACAAGUGCUGAACCCCAACCGCCUGUCAGCCAUGCGAGAAGCUUUCUCUCGCAGCCGGAGCAUAAGCACCGACGUCUGAGCGUCUGCCCCCCCUUCCGCACGCGGGUGGGCAGCUCAGCCAAUGACCACGCCACGCAAGGCAUUUUCUGUGCCAUUGUGGCUUUCCGCAGUGGCGAAACUUUGAAAAUCCAUGGAAGUGUUUUAAAACGAUGAAUGUAUUUAUACAUUAGCUAGACAGAUAAAUAUCUUACAUCGCUAGCUCAUGGGUGAGCAAAAAAAUAAUGGAGGGAGGAGGCUGUAGAGGCUGCAGCUUGUCUGGGUAGGUUUUCUAGAGCUGGGCAUUGAAAAUGUUUUCUUUUUAUACUGGGGAGAUUUUGAUAUUGUGCAUCCUUUCAUACACCUAAAACGUCCCACCGUAACCAUCCCCCCAACGAUUACUACAGGGCCGUUUUCAAUCUUCCAGGCAGGUUUACUGCCAUGACUGACCAAACCAAGAGCACUGCAUGGUUGAGUAGGGAUCCGCAGCUUCUCUUAGGGUUGAAUGUCUCUCCUCACAGGGGACUUGCCACCAGGGUCAUGCAGAGCAGGACCAACGGGGACUAUGUCACUGCAUCAUCUUGUGCAGUCGUGCUGGAGGGGGAUGAACUUCCCAGAUCAUCUGAAUUUACAGGUUAAUAAAUGCUGUUAUCCGUGAUGCUGGCGCUCUCUGUCUCCCUCUUUUUGGUCACAAGCGCUGAAGGGAAGUGCCUUGAGGUUAAGGAUGCACAACUAUUGUAAAGUCUCUUCCUUUUGUGGAGGCCCCCAGAAUGUGGCAUGCGUCUGGCCCCACGGAAAGUAUCUUUUUUAAAGCACGUGCAAGCGCUACCAGAUUUUUGUGGACCGAGAGAGCGGUGCAUUGAGCACUUUUGUUUUUGUAAAUAUUCCCAACCCUUCCUCACCCCCCAACAAUGCCGCCCACUAUUUCUAAACUUGGGAAACGAGGGCUAACCAGAAAUAAAGAGGGCAUUUUAUUUUUUUCCAUCUGGAAAUUUGUCACUUUUUAGACCCAAAGAAACAGUCACGUUCUCAAUUCGAAGUCACCGACAUCGCUCAGCUAAUUUGCAGCAGUAGCCAAGGCCAUGCACAGAGGAGAAAGGGGCUGCUGUACGGUUACCGAUUAGCUGGUUCCCUAUUCCCUCCUCCGCAGAAGAGGCUGUCUGAGUUUGCAAGGUCAUGCUUGCUGAAAAAAGUAAAAACUGCACCAUUGUUUUCUUCUGUUCGGAUAACAGUUGAAACCUUGCCAUCUUGUCGGAAUGCUAGCAGCCAGGGAGGUCUCAACACCAUCUAUGGCCUGGCUUUGGUCGUUUAAUAUGAGAAGAUGUGCCCUGAAGUUAGGUUCCCAAUUGUAAUUUCUUGAUGCUGUGAAUCCAUAAGCAUCAAAUUCUCUGGCUGCGUUGGAGGGCUGUUGAGUGCUAUUCUGAUACAGUAAGGUGCUUCCCUGGCUAAAGCCCAAUAGGGAUCAUUUUAUUCAUUUAAAUAACAAACUAUCCACAAUUUCUUUAGCAGAGGAAGGAAAGAGCAAUGAUAGAAACUCAUCGAAAGGCCCUUCACAACGCUCUCUCACGUGGCUCAUUUUUCGGGCGCAGACAAUUUGCUUUAUGAACUUUGUAAUGGCAUUGUACAGCAUCGCUCUGUAUUGCGGAACGACUCGUUCAGCUACAGAGAAUGGACUGGCUGCCAGUAGACUCUGCUGAGCUCAGCACUAUGCUCUGGUUCAGGUUUCUUUAUUACAGACGUGCGCUCAGCGAGGAAAGCGGUUGUUUCAGACUCAUUGGUUUAUAACGACUGUAUGCAGCCGAACUGGCACUUAUACGUUUGACCUUGAGCAGUUUUAGUUCCAUGGGAGACCUUUUACACUUCACUCUUUACAACUUAAUAGCUUAGACAAUCUUAGGGUUUUUGUCUUGGUUUGUAACAAGUUCAGUAUGCUGGGUUUCUUCCUUUCUGAGCUGCCUAAUCGGGGAAGCAUUGAUGUAACUGUGCUCAUUGGGAAUGGUGUUCCGUCUUCUAAGUGAUCUGAUGUAACAGCAGCUGCUUCUCCAGGCCUCUUCCUUUGUACGAGUCUUACUUGUUUCAAAUGCAUUUAGCCUUUGGAUUUUUUGCAUUUCCCGUGGCUGUACUUAUAGCUCCAUCUUCCCUCUUUUUUCCCCCCUGUAGAGCUUUGUAACUAAGCAAGCAAUGCCAUCUGUUCCACUUUCCUUCACGUGGUGAACUGUUGUACAGGACUUCUGGCCUCACUGAGGGGGGGGAAAAAAGCAAAUAAAAAAAUAAACGACUCUUU